CCCAGCUCCCUGUUCCUCCCUGGGGCUGGUGUGGCUGAAGAUGGAUGUGAUGAAGAUGAUGGGGCCCUUCCUUUCCGGGCUGCCCAUGGACGACAUCCAAACCAUCCCCAACGACCAGUUGUGUCAAUUCUUCCAUUCGCCCCAGUUCCCUUCCUCCUUCAGAGGGGUGGGGGGGCUCCCUCCUCUUCAGGGCAGAAAGAUACUCCAGAAGAUCCGAGAGUGCUCCCAGAAGAGAGAUGACUUGGUCCAGAACCUGGACAGACUGGGCUCGCUGGCAUGUUUCUAUGAUGACGCCCCAACCCUAAACUCCUCCAUGAGCCGGCUCCUCCUCUCUCAAAUGGUUCUCGCCCGAGCCCUCAAGGACACCCUGAUGUCACUGGGUCAGGAGGUGAAGUGGGGAAAAGGUCAAAUCCCAGGGGCUUACAUGGGUAUUGAGGGUCUUUUGGACAUGAUGAGUAAGAUGACCAGUACUAUCGGAUUUGAGACAAAGCAUUGCUCAGAGAUCGAGAAGCUGCUUGGGGAUGUGAAUGCCUCAGAGCUAAUCCAGAAAGUCCCUGCCUCUCUGCUGUCCAGCCUAUCCCUGACUACCCUGGACAAGGCUAACCUGACCUCCCUCGACCAAUUGGAGGGCAAGCAGUGGACACGUGCACAGUCGGCCUUUCUGGUCAGAAAUAUCCUCGGCAAGAAGAUGACACUUCCAGACAUGCGGAAGCUGGGCUCGGCGAUGCAGGGCGUGGCCUGUGAYAUGAUUGAAAAGGUGGCUGAAAGUGGCGUCCUGGAGAUGGCCCAAGCUGUGACAGAGACUCCACGCUGGCUCUCUAAGACACAGCGAAGGAGAAUUACGUUCGUGGUUAGGGUUGUGUCUGUACUGCACAGAGUCGUUUGCAGGUUUGGAGACAAGAGAGCAGGCUACUUCAACAACAUCACAGACACAGAGCUGGACGAGAUCCCCACCCUGCUGCUGCUUCACCUGCCGGCUGAGAAGAUAGCCAGUCUACCUGCCUCUGUAUGUGCUGUGUUCAUGAAGAAGAUGAAAGAGGCCAACCUGAGUUCUUUGCCUCUCACCUCUCGCUCUCGCCCCACACUGACCAACAGAGCCCUGAACUGCCUGGGGAGGAACAUGUCAAAGUUGUCCAGUGAGGAAGUGUUGAGUCUGGGGUCGCUGCUGUGUGAGCUGGCCCCCUCUCAGAUGUCCCUCCUGGCCCCUGAGGUCCUCAACUCCACCGUGCAGGCCCUGGCCUCCUGCAAACAGAUUCCUCCACGCCACUGGAGGGCGCUCUUCCAGCUGCUCAAUGAUACAUACGGUGACCCGUCUGAUUGGACAGCUGACACCAUCAAAUCCCUGGGUCCUCUUCUCCUGUUGGAUGAUUCUGCUGUCCGCUCACUGCGCUUUAAGUCGUGGCUGAAAGAGACUCUGUCUGACCUGAUGGACAGCCUACCCAGCCCUCCGGUCCCUAACCCUCCUCAGGAGUUUAGUAGUGGUCCGGACCUCUCAGCCCUGCGAUGGAAACUCUUCUCUCUCUCCACCUCCACAUCUGAAGUAAUGCCCAUGCGCAGGAGGAGAGCAGUUCUCCCUCAGGGGGAGGCGGGCCUUACUGUGUCUCUAUUGGAGGAACUGGGCGGAGCCAAUGUCUACUGGAGCCCAGCCCAGCUCUCCAAGAUGGACGCUGACACAAUCACCGCUGCCGUGGAAACGCUGGGGGAGGUCCUUGAUUACAGCGCCGAGCAACUAGUGGUGCUCAGAGAGAAGGCCAUCCAGGCCUGGGGUCCAGUGUCAGGUUUGAAUGAGAGCCAGGUGCUCCAGCUGGGCUGUGUCUCUCAGGGGUUCAACCUCACUGAGCUGCCCAGCCUCCCCUUCUCCUCCCUGGACACUCUGGAGACACUUUCCCGCUGCUCCUGGACACAACCACAGAGGGAGGCUGUGUGGAGGGGUUUUGUGGAGCGUAUUAAUAAGACAGUGGGAGAACUGGGAGCUGUAGAGUUGGUGGGACUGGACCAGUUCAUCUGUGGUCUGAACACUGAGGAGACUGGUCAACUCAACACUGAUGCCUUCAGGGAGGCAGUACAGUCGGUGGGCGAGGUGCAGUGCCCCCUGGCAGUAACAGAGCUUCUGAAGCAGCGUGCCGUGGCUGUGUUUGGAGAACCACAGGGAUGGACUGAGGCUCGGGUCAACUCUCUGGGCAACAUCAUGGCUGGUUUGAGUUUGUCAGAGUUUCCGUCUCUCAGUCCCUCUGCCUUCUCAUUCCUCAGUCCGACCAGCGUUCCCCUCAUCCCCCCAGACCGCCUCGCUGCACUCUCAACCAGCCAGCUGAAGGCCCUGGGUCCUGACAAUGCUGCCAUGGUAACCAAUGCACAGUGGGCGGUGCUGGGGGAGGCACAACGGGCCGCUCUUGGCAAUGCUCUGGGUGUGGCCUACGACCGAAUGGCCAAUGACAUAUGGAACUACUCAUGCAUGUGUUGAAGAAUAGAGAUUGUUGAUAUGGCACAUUUUAACAAAUAUAACUUGUAUAUCCUGCUUCUUUAAAAAAAAAAAAAAACAUAUUCUAGAUUAAGCCAGAACAGGCCUUUAGCACAUCAAAGCAGAUACAGAUACCUGUGACAAUGUAAAAGCACUUAAGAUAUUUUUAUUCUAUUUGUUAAAGAAAUAUAUAUCUUUCUAUAUCUUUGUUGCAAUGGUGGGUCUCUUCUAGUAGGACAAUGCUGGAACAUGUAAUGAUGUGUGAGUCAGUGUUCUGCAUGGGUUGUUUUCUGAGAGUUGGGAUCAUAAGAUGAGGAUUAUGGGUGCUAACCCAGUGCUGACAAGAUUGGAAGUGGAAGACUAACUUAAUAAUAAAGAUUAUGAACCUACUAU